AUGAGCAACAAAUACAUCCCUCCACACCUGCGCGGUGCUGCUGCAGCAGGUGGUGCAGCAGCACCAGCAGCAACAGCAGCAGCAACAACAGCAACAAGGGCCCCCGCGACCAUUGAGGGGGCAGCAGCGAUUGUGAACAGCUUGCUGCGGGCGCGUACAGCGGAGGAAGGAGGCCAGCAGCAGCAGCAGCAGCAGCAGCAGCAGCCUGACGGCGCAGCAGGGGGCCCCCAGCAAGGAGAAGCAAAAGGUGCAUGGGGUUCCUGGGGUAGGGGGGCCCCUAACCUUAGAACAACUAAACAACAUCAGCAGAGAUCAGCAGCUCUAAGAGUUGUAGAGGUUGACUCCCUCGUCCUUAUGAAGAUUAUCAAACACUGGCGGUGA